AUGGCGUCUUCCUCCUCCUCCUCCGCCGCCGCCGCCGCCGCCGCCGCCCUCACCACCGAGGGCAAAUCUAACCUCUCCUUCGUCCUCAACAAGCCCCACGACGUCGAUUUCGCCGACCGGCCCCUCCCGACCCUGCGCUCGCCGAGGGACGUCCUCGUCGCCGUCAACUACACGGGCAUCUGCGGCUCCGACGUGCACUACUGGGAGCACGGCGCCAUCGGCCACUUUGUCGUCAAGGACCCCAUGGUCCUCGGCCACGAGUCGGCCGGCACCGUCGUCGAGGUCGGCCCGGAGGUGUCGUCCCUCGCCGUCGGCGACCGCGUCGCCCUCGAGCCCGGCUACCCCUGCCGCCACUGCAAGCCCUGCCUCUCGGGCCACUACAACCUCUGCCCGGAGAUGCGCUUCGCCGCCACCCCGCCCUACGACGGCACCCUGACCGGCUUCUGGUCCGCCCCGGCCGACUUCUGCUACCGGCUGCCCCCCUCCGUCUCCCUGCAGGAGGGCGCCCUGGUCGAGCCCCUCGCCGUCGCCGUCCACAUCGUCCGCCAGGCCCGCGUCGCCCCGGGCCAGUCCGUCGUCGUCAUGGGCGCCGGCCCCGUGGGCCUGCUGUGCGCCGCCGUCGCGCGCGCCUUCGGCGCCGCCAAGGUCGUCUCGGUCGACAUCCUGCAGAGCAAGCUCGACUUUGCGCUGUCCUUCGCCAGCACCCACGCCUACCUCUCGAGGCGCGUCCCCGCCGAGGACAACGCCGAGGCCAUCCGGCGCCUGUGCGGCCUGCCGCUCGGCGCCGACGCCGUCAUCGACGCCUCGGGCGCCGAGCCCAGCAUCCAGGCCAGCCAGCACGUCGUGCGCACGGGCGGCACCUACGUCCAGGGCGGCAUGGGCAAGUCGGACAUCACCUUCCCCAUCAUGGCCAUGUGCAUCAAGGAGGUCACCGUCCGCGGCUCCUUCCGCUACGGCUCCGGCGACUACGAGCUCGCCAUCCAGCUCGUCGAGAGCGGCCAGGUCGACGUCAAGAGGCUCAUCACCGGCACCGUCCCCUUCCGCCAGGCCGAGGAGGCCUUCAAGAAGGUCAAGGAGGGCGAGGUCAUCAAGAUCCUGAUCGCGGGGCCCAACGAGAAGGUCGAGGGGGCGAUGAGCACCGCCGUCGACGAGGCCAAGGUCAAGGAGGGCGGUGCGGCGUGCUGCUAG